UUGGAUAUACCUCUAUCCAUCCAACUACCCAGAUAUCUACUUAAUCCCUCUAAAUCUUCUUCUAUCCACUGCACUCGCUGACAUUAGUGCAGCUUCAACUAGAGAACAAAUAAAAUUCUUAAUUUUGUGUUUCCUGCGAUUUGCGUUGCUUUUUGGCCUUGCAUUGCGUUUUUUUAGAUUGCCUCUUGCACCUGCCAUGUAUCCGCAAAAUUUUCCCUUGGAUAACCUUUAAACCAUUUAUUUGUAAAAUUAUUUGAACAGAUUAGAAGUAUUGUUGAGGAAGUUUUUAAAAAGGAAAUAUUUAAUUCCGAACAUGAAGAAGGAGCACUUGCAAUUGGAGCUGUUUAUUUGGGUGUAUUAUUUGGUGAUAUAAAUUAUUUUGAUAACAGACGAACAUCCAAAAACAAAAUUAUUAAGAUGGCCUCACAAAAAAUGUUUAUCGGAGAAAGAAACAUUGAAUGUGGAAAUGAAAAGGAAUGCGCUAAAUUGUUUUGGGAGGCUAUUGCAAUUUAUGUUAAAGAAUUUUAUACUUCAUUACAUAUUGAUGUUCGAUCACGUAAGGCAAUAAAAGGAUUGGGUCAUUUCGCUUUACAAUGUGAUGACUCAAAAAAUGUGUGUGCUUAUCUGGCCAUUUCUAAAGCUGAUUAUAACUCUAGAAAUAUAAUUGGGUGGUACUUUGGACAUGAACAUGAGGAUUUGUGCAAUUCUGUUUUUUGUUUUUUAGAAAGUUUUUUGUUUAUUGACAAAAAGAAAGUUUGGUUUGAAUUAAAGCCUUAUUUAUUUCGAAAGAAAUUACGAUCAAAAGAGGAAAGGCUGGAUAUGGAUUUUAAACAAAUUUACUUUAAAAAAACAACUCAAAAAAGAAUAAGUCCAGGAAAACAGAAAUUGAAAAAAUAUUUUUUGUUUGAAGCAAUUUAA